UUUUUGAGAAAGGGGGAAUAUCCAUUAGCUUCAACUUCAAUUUCAAUUAGUGCAGGCUAUGACCAAAUUUGGGAAAUUUAUGUUACUUAUGUUAAUUGUCAAAUGCACUUCAUUGAUACAGUGGAAAACCACGGAUAUGGCACAUAAUUUGUAAUAUUGAUUAGAUCUUGAGCUUGAAAGUAAGAAUUGAGAAUAUAAAGGAAGGUUGCAGGGGAGAAAUUAAUCAAAUUAUUAGAUGCUAAUGAAGCACUAGUAGGAUCGUACUUGUCUCCAAUAAUGGAAUGGCAUUUUGGGAAGGAACAUACUGCUAAUUUACAAUUUUAUCUAAAAUGUUGUUACCUAUUGAAAAUAAUGUGAUUGCUUGAGAAGUGGGGUAUGUAGAAUGAGUUUUAUAAUUUAGAGCCUUGCUGGGCUGGCUUUUAUGUUUUCAGCUAGCAUUCUGCUACAGAUUCUGGCGUGUGCAAUAUACAGCAAUUGGUGGCCUAUGUUAUCAGCUCUUAUGUAUGUGCUGGUACCUAUGCCUUGCUUAUUCUUUGGUGGUGGAAACACUCAUUUUCUGAUCAGCCGAGAUGGUGGGGGUUGGAUAGAUGCUGCUAAAUUUUUAACUGGUGCAUCGGCAGUUGGGAGUAUAGCCAUUCCUGUAAUCCUCAGGCAUGCUCAUAUGAUUGAGACAGGAGCAAUGCUCAUUGAGCUUGUCUCUUUCUUCAUUUUUAUAUGUACUGUUAUGUGUUUCCACCAAGCGAGCCUCGACGAUGAUUGGUGAAAGCGACUUCCUCCAAUUCCUGACAUCCUCUAGUCAUUAGGGUUGGUUGGAAGUAAAAAUGGAAAAUCCAUUGUGAAAAUUAUGACAACCAUGAUAAAAGGAAUGUAUAAUCAACCAUGUGUAAAGCUUUACAUGUAAUUUACCUUAUUGUCAAAGUUAUACCAAGAUAUGUGUGAUAACCUUCAUUGAUGGAGAACACGAAUUUGCCAUUUGGAUUGUAUGACGUUGUUCAUAUAUCCAUGAAUUCAGUGGCGGUUCUUACACCCGUUUAGUUCAAUGUGGAUAG